GGGGGGGCGGGCCCGCGUGACCGCGGCCGGUACCCGCAGCAGCCAGGCAGUGCGGCGGCGGCGCUCCCCAUGGCGGCUGGAGGCGGCGGGCCGGCGGCGGCCGAGCGGCCCUACGAGCUGGUGGUGUUCGGGGCCUCGGGCUUCACCGGCCAGUUCGUGGUGGAGGAGGUGGCGCGGGUGGCGGCCAGCGGGGAGCUGCGCGGCGGCCUACGCUGGGCCGUGGCCGGGCGGAGCCGGGAGAAGCUGCGGGCGGUGCUGGAGCGGGCGGCCGAGAGGCUGGGGAAGGCGGCGCUCGGCGCGGAGGUCGGCGUGCUGCUGUGCGAUGUGGGCGACGCGGCGUCGCUGGCCGCCAUGGCGAGGCAGACCCGGCUGGUGCUCAACUGCGUGGGCCCGUAUAGGUUCCUUGGAGAGCCCAUGGUAGAAGCCUGUGUCGACAAUGGUGCAAACUGCAUUGACAUCUGCGGAGAACCCCAGUUUCUGGAAGGAAUGUACCUGAAAUACAACGAAAAAGCUGCGGAAAAGGGAGUGUACAUCAUUGGAAGCUGUGGCUUUGACACGAUACCGGCCGAUAUGGGAGUACUGUACACCAGAGACAAGCUGAAAGGUACCUUAACGGCUGUCGAAAGCUUCCUGACAGUGAAGUAUGGGCCUGAGGGUUGCUGUAUACAUGAUGGGACCUGGAAGUCAGCUGUUUAUGGCCUUGCGGAUCAAGACAACCUGAGGAAGCUUCGAAAAAAGAUAGGCUAUGCCCCUAUCCCAGUGGUUGGUGCCAAACUUAGGAGAAGGGGAUGUGUGUUUUACAAUCAGGAAUUCAAGGAGUACUCCAUUCCGUUCAUGGGAUCUGAUGUUUCUGUUGUGAAGCGAUCUCAGCGUUACCUGCACACACAUCUGCAGGAAACACCUGUGCAGUUUGGCGCUUACAUGAACAUAGGUGGCCUUGGCUCUGUUAUCAAGCUGAUGUUUGCUGGCUUUUUUUUUCUUCUUCUUGUGAAGUUUAGCUUUGGAAGAAAACUUCUGACAAAAUACCCGGAAUUUUUCUCUGCUGGACGCUUCUCGAGGAAAGGACCAACCCAGAAACAGAUGGAUGGAACCUCUUUCACGAUGACUUUUUUUGGCGAGGGUUACAGUGAGGGGCAAGAUCCCCAGAAUGGGAAACCGAAUGUAAAGAUCUGCACCGAAGUGAAAGGGCCAGAGCCUGGCUAUAUUGCUACGCCAAUUGCGAUGGUUCAAGCAGCUGUAUCUCUUCUGGAAGAUGCAGCUUGUCUGCCCAAAGAGGGUGGCGUAUAUUCUCCGGGCGCUGCCUUCUCCAAAACAAAACUGAUUGAUCGCCUCAACAAACACGGUGUCGAGUUCUCCGUUAUUAGCAAGCCUGAGGUCUGAAGUCAAAACAGAACCGGACAAGCUAACACCUUUCCUAGGUCUAACUCCAGUAAAACCCCUUGGGCUUUUCCAGCCAAAUCACAGAGUAGGUUCACUGUGCUGUUGUUUACAGCAGAAACGGAAGAAAAACUGAGCUAAAAGUUGUACCACCCUUUGCUGCAGUGAGCCAAACCCGUCAAGGGUAUUUUAAUUCACAAGCCUCUUAAAUCAGUGACACAGUGGGUUCUAGUGCCGGGGUUCCGCUGGAUCGUGUUCAUCUAAGUUACUACCUAAUGCAACCACCCCGGCAUCUGCCUCACGGGCAGCCACCGCCUUCUCCCUUCGCCCCACUGUGCCACUGCCAAGAGCAGGCAGGCCCCGGGGAACUGGCACCUUAGGAGAUGACAGCACCUGCUCCUCCUCAUGCCGGCUUGGGACAGGUGCCGUUACUUGGUGGCGUUCUUGCUUUCAAAGCCUUAGUGCCCACAGUGAAACAAAAUGGAGGAGUAGUUUUGUCUUUUUUUCCUGUGUUCUAAUAAAGAUCAGCUGGCUCGGUC